ACAUACAUACAACCACUUGUUGCGUGUGAAAGAGAUAGAUUCUUCCACAGCCCUUUUAACUUUGCCUUUAGGGUUCAUCUUCUUCUUAUAUUUAAUCCUUCCUCCCUCAUUUCAUUCAAUCUCAAAUCACAAUGGAUCUUCUUAAGCUUUCCUUCUCCCUUCUCCUCCUUUCCUUCCUCCUCGUCUCCGUCUCCUCAUCGUCCGACGGCGACGAUGCCGUGAUCCGGCAGGUGGUUGAUGGAGCCGCCGAGCCCAAUGUUUUAACCUCCGAAGAUCACUUUUCUCUGUUCAAGAGAAAGUUCGGCAAGGUCUACGCUUCCGGGGAGGAGCAUGAUUACAGAUUCUCCGUCUUCAAAGCCAAUCUGAGGCGAGCGAGGCGCCACCAGAAGAUGGAUCCCUCUGCGCGUCACGGCGUUACUCAGUUCUCGGAUCUGACUCGGUCGGAGUUCAGGGAGAAGCAUCUCGGAGUCAAAGGAGGGUUUAAGCUUCCCAAGGACGCCAACAAGGCUCCGAUUCUCCCAACCGAGAAUCUCCCUGAGGAUUUUGAUUGGAGAGAUCACGGAGCCGUCACCCCCGUCAAAAAUCAGGGAUCAUGCGGCUCUUGCUGGAGUUUCAGCGCCACCGGAGCUCUUGAAGGUGCUAACUUCCUCGCCACCGGCAAACUCGUCAGCCUUAGCGAACAACAGCUCGUUGACUGUGAUCACGAGUGUGACCCAGAGGAGGCGGGUUCAUGCGACUCUGGUUGCAAUGGUGGCCUCAUGAACAGCGCUUUCGAAUACACACUCAAGACCGGAGGCCUCAUGAGAGAAGAAGACUAUCCUUACACCGGCAAGGACGGCCCCGUCUGCAAGUUAGACAAGUCCAAGAUCGUCGCCUCUGUCUCCAACUUCAGUGUCAUCUCCAUCGACGAAGAACAAAUUGCUGCCAACCUUGUUAAAAACGGUCCUCUUGCAGUAGCCAUCAACGCCGCCUAUAUGCAGACUUACAUUGGCGGAGUAUCCUGCCCUUACAUUUGCACCAGGAGGCUCAACCACGGUGUCUUAUUGGUGGGUUAUGGGUCCGCUGGUUACGCUCCUGCUAGGUUCAAGGAGAAGCCUUACUGGAUCAUCAAGAACUCGUGGGGAGAGACUUGGGGCGAGAAUGGUUUCUACAAGAUCUGCAAAGGCCGUAACAUUUGUGGCGUUGAUAGUCUUGUCUCCACCGUUACAGCCGCUGUGUCUACCACCGCUCAUUAAUUUAAGCCAAGAGGCUUCGUUAAAUAAAUUAAUUCACUCUGGUGAUUUGUGUGAGCGAGCACUCUUUGCAUUGACUCUUUAUUUCUCUCUGCUUUUUUUUAAAGAAAGAUGAAGUUUGUAAAUAAAUUGCAUCCUUUUUUAAGCAAAUCCAUAUCAUGACAAUCACGGUUGAGUUGAAAUAUUGAAGAUAAGACGACGCACAACGUUCUUA